AAGGUCCAAUCGGGAGCGUCUGGGGGAGCCGUCACGUGUUGGCGCGGGGCCAAUGGGCCGAGAGGGGGCGGGGCCAGGCCGAGGUCCGGAGGCAGGCACGAGUGCGGCUCUCGGGGUCUCCAGUCAGAAUGGGCUGCUGAGGUCCGGCGGCUGUGUGGUAGAAUGGCGGCGAACGAGGGGCCGAGCGGGAAGCAUGAGGAGCAGCAGCCGCAGCCGGAGGCGGUGGCGUUCCAGGCGAGCGUCUCUCGUUGAAGUGGACCCUGGCCAGGACAACACGUUGGAGCAUCAGCACAUCCGAUACAACCCGCUGCAGGAUGAGUGGGUGCUGGUGUCGGCUCACCGAAUGAAGCGCCCCUGGCAGGGGCAGGUGGACCCCCUCCCCACCGAUGCCAUACCUCGGCAUGACCCCAAGAACCCCCUCUGCCCCGGGGCAGUUCGAGCCAAUGGCGAGGUGAACCCCAACUACAAGGGCACCUUCCUGUUCAAUAAUGACUUCCCUGCCCUGCAGCCUGAUGCGCCCGCUCCUGGACCCAGUGAUCACCCACUGUUCCGAGCUGAAGCUGCCCAAGGAGUUUGUAAGGUCCUGUGUUUCCAUCCCUGGUCUGAUAUCACACUGCCGCUCAUGUCUAUCCCUGAGAUUCGAGCUGUCAUUGAUACAUGGGCCUCAGUCACGGAGGAGUUGGGUUCUCAGUACCCUUGGGUCCAGAUCUUUGAGAACAAAGGAGCCAUGAUGGGUUGUUCCAACCCUCAUCCCCACUGUCAGGUGUGGGCUAGCAACUUCUUGCCAGAUGUGGCCCGUCGAGAGGAACAAAGCCAACGGACCUAUAGGAAGCAGCAUGGAGGCCCUAUGCUUUUGGAAUAUGGACGUCAGGAAGCAGAGAGAAAGGAGCGAGUGGUUCUAGAAAGUGAACAUUGGCUGGUGCUAGUGCCCUUCUGGGCUGUCUGGCCUUUCCAGACACUGUUGCUGCCACGGAGACAUGUGAAGAGGCUCCCAGAGUUGAACUCUGUGGAGCGGGAUGAUUUGGCCUGCAUCAUGAAGAAGCUCCUGAUCAAAUAUGAUAACCUAUUUGAGACAUCCUUCCCAUACUCCAUGGGCUGGCAUGGUGCCCCUACUGGGGCCAACGCUGAGGCUGACUGUGACCACUGGCAGCUCCAUGCCCACUACUAUCCACCACUACUUCGAUCGGCCACCAUCCGCAAGUUCAUGGUUGGUUAUGAAAUGCUGGCCCAGGCUCAGAGGGAUUUGACUCCAGAGCAGGCGGCCGAGCGAUUGAGGGCACUUCCAGAAGAUCAUUAUAAGCUUCGACAGAAAGACUCGUCUUGACAUGCAGCCCUGUGAAGGAAGCCGGGGUUAGGAAAGUUCCAAGCUGCUCUCUACAUCCCCAUCCCCAAUUCACUUCAACCCCCUUAUAGGUGGAGGAGGGUCUUGAAUUGCAAAUAAAUCUUUUGUUCCUGG